CUCUCCCCAUCUGUAGAGAUCUCUAGAGAUCCCUAUUGCUCUUAUUUCUUCCUUUCCUCAAUAGUCUGAUCCUUCGGGACCCAGUCGACUUCGCUCUCCUCAUCUCCAGAGGUCUCAAUUCCUCUCAUUUAUUCCUUUUCUUAUUGGUCUGAUCUUUCGAGACCAGGUCGACUUUAGUCUCCUCAUCUCCAGAGGUCUCUAUUCCUCCCGCCUCUUCCAUUCCUUAUCUUUCAGCCCUCCAACCCCAACAUACCUCUCAAUACCAGAGACAUGCCUUAUCUCUCUGCUGACAAUAUCCUCCUCCACAAUCAGCCUGGUCACGACCAGGUCCAAGGCGGGCCAGGAGGAAACAGCUCUUGGGAACGUGAGCAGAGUAUGCAAGAUCGAACCCGAUCUCCUGCUCCAAGCCCAGAUGCCUCUUCCCCUUCGAAUACAAUCGAAGCAAGACCAUCUGGGUUCGUACCAGGAACAACGGGAGACGAGAUCAAUCUCGAAUCCCGAUUGACUUCCUUGGCUCUCGAGCCGAGGCAAGGCCGUACCCUGGUCAACCUGGGCAGCUUUCGUCGACGGAGCUGUAUUUGCCCCAUCGACAAAGUUUGUCCAGCAAAGAACGACAAUCAAUAUGAUUGCCGCUCUUUGGUUCGUGAACACCAGGAGUGGAUGCGCAUACAGAACAGGAAAGUCAAACAUUGGCUUCCCACAACCUCAGACCUGGAGGAGAUUGUCGGCGAGACGGACGCUGUGGAAUUUAUAAAAUUACUCCAGAAAGUCACGGUGCAACUGGCCCCGGGCCAGAGCCCAAGAGCGCUCCGAAAUGCUCUUGUCAAUCUACACCGAUCAAUGGAUCGGAUGAGAGAAAAAGAAAUGACACAACCGGUUCUCGACAAUACACACAUCAUCAAUGAGAUUGGUCACUUUCUCAUCGAUGAGAACCUUAGGGAGAGACGAACUGGAUUCGUCCCGAUGGCCACCAUCGAGGACUUGACCAGACUCCACCGAAAGUGGCUGUCUGGCGAUCUUGGAGUGAGAGCUAACAGAGGCCUCCUCCACGAUGGCAAUGGAGGGUUCUCCACCGAUCCAGAAUGGCCACAUAAUCGCAGUGACGAUUAUUUCGGCCAUGGACACUUAGUCCCGGCCGAGACCUGGAGAACACGAGCGGAAAUGCACCGCGACGGUGCCCACGGACCGCGUGUAGCAGGUAUCGCGGGCACCGCCUUUAUUGGUGCGCGGUCUAUCGUGAUGGGGUGUUAUGGACCUGAACAUAAUACGUACGCAGAUCGGGACGCAGGAUCUACGAUCUAUUACAUGGGUACAGCCCUCCCACGGGAGGACUGUGACAAGGAACCAACCAACGUGAAGGAUCCCGUCACAUACCCAGACGGUCAGGUCAUCGCUUCAAGCACAGGAGCUGGUCCUACCAGUUCCACCAGAGCGAUGAUCCGAUCAUCCACGACUGGUCGUCCCGUUCGGGUUUUUCGAGGUUCGCAACUCCCCGAGAACAACCCUUUCCGUCCACCGGAAGGCUAUCGAUAUGAUGGUCUCUACCGAGUGGUUGGUUUCCGCCUCCUCAAGAAAGAACGCCAAAUCUACGAGUUCACUCUGAAGAGACUCGAGGAUACAACCGGGGUGUACGCCCAAGGACCACUGCGACAUGCGAUGCCACCGCCAAAGGUUUCGAGCGUUCGUGACAAGAAACGAAGAUUUCAAGGCAAUUCACCCUCCCCAGUCCCUCGCGCAUCAAACCCUUGGGGUUCUGAGCGACGCGAAGAUAAGCGCGUGCGAAACCAUAUCACUAUGGCUGAGUGAGUGGGAGGAUCUUGGUUGAGAAUAUAGUUUUCAACAACAUACAAGUCAAGGCUAUCUUACACCCUUCGAGCUGACCUAUUUCUAAUGGGCGGAUUUUCUUGGACAGCAUGUCCCUACUUACACAUUUUAAUACCUUGGGGAUGGAUGGUUGGAUGGGUGAAACUUGGAUUGAUCGACCUUAUGAUUUCUUCAUGCUAGAUGGGAACUGGCUUGAAGAGCUUUCUUUUCUCGAUGAGUGCUCUUUGAGCGGCAUCAUUGGAGUUAGCGGGAAGGGUGCAUACAGCAAUCCUCAGCCUCACGGGCUUUGAGAUCGACUUGCUGACUGGCGGGAUUUUUUCUUGGUUAACUUGGUGGACUUGGAUGACGACUUGACCCUGACACAAACUACCUAUGGGGGUGGGAGUUGGGUGUCUUUCUUUACCUUUCUCUUGGUUAUGAAAGUCAUGUUUAUGAAGUUAUGAUGGAACGUUGCGGGUGUCGAGCCCGAUAUGGAUAGCAUGCAUUUUACGGGAUGAUGGUUCCUUGAGCACAGUACCUACCUACCUACUUGAG